AUGGGUUCCACCGAACUCCCUUAUAUGAAGACUAAUCCCAAAAUCAUCUUCUUCACUGAUUUUGAUGGGACCAUUACACUGGCAGAUAGCAAUGAUUUUCUGACCGACAAUCUCGGAUACGGACGAGAAAAACGUCGCCAAGGAAACUACGAUGUGCUCCAUGGCAGAGCUAGCUUCCGUGAUGCCUUCCGCGAUAUGUUGGACAGCGUCAAGACGCCUUUCGACAAGUGCAUCGAGAUCCUCCAGGAGAACAUGAAACUUGACCCCCACUUUGUCGAGUUCUACUACUGGGCUGAGGAAAACAACGUUCCAAUUGUGGUCUUGUCGUCAGGGAUGAAGCCCAUUAUUAGUGCCUUGUUCGAGUCAUUGCUGGGACACAAGCCUCGAAGCCAUUUACACAUUGUUUCUAACGAUGUGGAGAGCCGCGACGGCAAGGACAUCAACACCGCAGGCGGUUGGAAAAUCAAGUACCACGAUGACAGUCAUUUCGGACAUGACAAAUCCUUGGAGAUCAAGCCUUACGCCGCAUUGCCGGAAGACAAGCGUCCUACUUUGCUCUAUGCUGGAGAUGGUGUCUCCGAUCUCUCUGCUGCCGCAGAGACUGACCUUCUCUUUGCCAAAAAGGGGCAUGAUCUGGUAACCUACUGCGAGCGGGAGGGAAUGCCAUUCACCACGUUCGAAAGUUGGGAGACGAUCCUAGACACUACAAAAGACAUUCUGAGCGGUAAGGUUCGGACGGGCGUGCAGCUCGCUAUCAUCGCCGCAAUUGCAUUACUCCUUGUGGUGAUUCUAGACAAUAAAUUCCGUGUGCUACCGGCGUCCAUCCAUGGCCACCUUCCCACUCAUUACGCUGGCUACGUCGUUACCGAUGUGACCGUGGUUACAUGCUCUUCUCUCAGCAUUUUUUCCAGUUGCAAGGUCGACCCGAAGGCAUGGACUAGAGUUGAAAAGGACCUCUAUCUGCGCUUGGGGUGGACAUCCAGUGCUUACGUACAAUUUCAACGGAAGAAGGAAGAGGAACUGCUCGCAUCUGACAAGGUGGUGAUCGACUUGAAAAUAAGCCGACUGACACCGCAAUCCUCGAAUGACCCACAUGGAGAGAAAAUUGAAUGGGAGCAGAGGCCAGGUGGCAUCUGGCUGAAGCGGACGGCCAAGCGUCAUGCGAGUGACUCGCAGAAAGCGAUCACCUCGAUCGAUGUCUUGUUCGGUGCGGACGCGGUUGAUCCGCGCGUGGGCUGGGAGGUGAAAGAUACUCCGCUGCUGCUGGAUAGCAAGACGGAGGAGUUGGAGGCCCGCGUCAGUAUUCGAAGGGGCGACCCGCCAAAGACCAAGAAGCCCACUCCACGCAUUAAUGAGAAUGGGAAAUUCAAAAUCAUGCAGCUAGCAGACCUUCAUCUGAGCACUGGGCUUGGAGUGUGUCGAGACCCAGUUCCGGUAGAGCCCGUGCCCGGUCACAAGUGUGAAGCGGAUCCUCGGACCUUGGAGUUUGUGGGAAGACUUCUCGACGAGGAGAAACCCGAUUUUGUUGUUCUGAGCGGUGACCAAGUCAACGGUGAAACUUCGAGAGAUGCUCAGAGCGCGCUCUUCAAGUCUGUCAAGUUACUUGUCGACCGCAAGAUACCUUACGCAGCCAUAUUCGGCAAUCACGACGACGAAGGCAACCUUAGUCGAGAACAGCUUAUGACCAUACUUGAAGAUCUCCCUUACUCCUUGUCAACCGCCGGCCCUGAAGAUGUGGACGGGGUUGGAAAUUAUAUUGUCGAAGUACUCGGUCGUGGAACGACCGCGCACUCGGCUUUGACUCUGUACCUACUCGACUCUCAUUCCUAUUCUCCAGACGAACGUCAGUUCCGAGGCUACGAUUGGAUCAAACCGAGCCAGAUUCGGUGGUUCAAAAGCACAGCGCAAAGCCUCAAAACAAAACACCAUGAAUACAGUCACAUGCACAUGAACAUGGCUUUUAUCCAUAUUCCGCUUCCAGAAUACCGCGACUCCUCCAAUUACUAUAGAGGAAAUUGGUCGGAGGCCCCUACCGCUCCAGGGUUCAACUCUGGUUUCAAAGAUGCUCUAGAAGAGGAAGGAAUUUUGUUCGUGAGCUGCGGGCACGAUCACGUUAAUGAUUACUGCAUGCUUAACAAGGAUCGGGAUCAGAAGCCGUCUCUCUGGAUGUGCUAUGGAGGCGGUGCUGGCUUUGGAGGCUACGGAGGUUAUGGCGGCUAUGUCCGUCGGGUUCGUUUCUAUGAUUUUGACAUGAACCCCGGGCGUGUUGUGACCUACAAGCGACUUGAAUACGGCGAAGUAGAGGCCAAGAUCGACGAGAUGAUGAUCAUCGACGGAGGUGCAGUGAAGGGACCUGAUGAACAUCAUUGA